AUGCGUACAUCGACCUUCAUCAGAGCGGCCGUGGUGCUGGCCAGCAGUUACUCAGUUGACGCCGAUGUAACGACCACAAUUGACCCAAAAUCGAACUGGGGUACUUGGGAAGGCUGGGGAACGUCGUUGGCAUGGUGGGCGCAGCAAUUUGGCACCAGAGACGAUCUUGCGGAUAUCUUCUUUACGCUGAAGCAGACCAAGUUCAACGGCGAGACUCUUCCGGGUCUUGGCUUCAACAUCGUACGCUACAAUGCCGGCGCCUGUAGUUGGAACACCAUCGAUGGGGAGAAGAUGGUUGUGUCUCCAAAUGUAAAAAGGUCGAGGCAAAUGGAAGGCUACUGGUUGGACUGGAAGAGCAGCGACCCUGCUUCUUCUAGUUGGAAUUGGAUGACCAAGAACCACAAUCCUUCGGGCGCAAGUGACGGAAGCGAAAACAUCCAAUCGUGGAACUUGGAGCAGCAUGCAGUCUACAUGGCAACGGUCGCAGAGCAUUUCAAGGACAACUGGGGGGUCGAGUUCGAAACUGUGGACCCUUUCAACGAACCGAGUGCGAACUGGUGGAAGGCUGACGGCACCCAAGAAGGAUGCCACGUUGAUGUGUCCACCCAAGCCAAGAUCGUCGGUUAUCUCGACACGCAGCUCUCGAAUCGUGGGCUCUCAACAAAGAUCGCCGCCUCAGAUGAAUCGUACUACGAUCAAGCUGCCACCACGUUGAAGACAAUCGGCAGUAGCGCACUCAGCAAGAUCGACCGGAUCAAUGUUCAUGGCUACCAGUACGGAAGCGGCGACCGCGCCGGUGUUCACACACUGGCUACACAAGCCGGGAAAUCCCUCUGGAACAGCGAAUACGGUGAUGGCGUGGCUUCUGGCGAGAACCUUGCCAAGUACCUCUUCCAGGAUCUUCGCCAGCUGAAGCCUACGGCGUGGGAGUACUGGCAAGUCCUCGACCAGGGAGGCUGGGGCCUCAUUGACGCGGACAAUGAUGCGAAAACGCUGGGCAAAUCGACACAAAAGUACUACGUGCUAGCGCAGUUCGCCCGGCACAUGCGCCCGGGUAUGAGAAUCCUCGAUGGUGGCCGAGACAACGUCGUCGCUGCCUACGAUGCUAGUAAGUCGUUGUUGGUCAUUGUGGCCGUGAACUGGGACGCGGCACAGUAUAUAAACUUUGAGCUGUCAGGGUUCUCGGGACGUCCUUCGUCGGGCGCAACUGUCUCGAGGUGGAGCACCCAGAUCGGGAGCGGCGAUCGUUACGUGCAGCAUCUCGAUACCACGAUCAGUGGCACAAAGUUCUGGUCGAAGUUCGAGAAGAACAUGGUGCAGACUUUCGAAGUAACAGGGAUCAAGUUGUAG